UUUUGUGUACGGACUACUUCCGGCACCACGGAAUCCUAUUUCAUGUGCUAAAAUGAUUACCAUUCGCGAUGUUUUCUCGUAGAAAUUACUAUUUUCUGUCAGCUUGUAGGCAAUAGAGUCUUAUAUUUAAUAUCUCUUUUGUAAUUUCGUGCCGUUCGUGCCACUCUGGCCCCCGCUGCUGUCGCUACCAGACUAAGUGCUCUAAGGUAAACGCAAAGAUGGCGGAAGAGAAGAAUGGUGAACCAGGGAUGGACAAAAGCGAGCUGCAAAUUAUGAAGGAACUCGUGGAUGAACUGUACAAUUUCAGAGAUGGCUAUUUUGAGACUCACAGCGUGGAGGAAGCUGGAAGGAAGCAAAGCGACGUUGCACAAGAGAUGGAGCGGACCCUGACAAAGCUGCAGGAGAAAGAAGAGGGCUUCAAACACAAGGCGGAGUUUUUGCUGCAGAAGGGCAGGUGUCUGAAUGUGGCUCCAGACUUCAGUGCUGUUGCAGAGGAGUGCCUUUCCCGUGCCGUUAAGCUGGAGCCUGGCCUGGUGGAGGGCUGGAACACACUGGGGGAGCAGUACUGGAAGAAAGGAGAUCUGACCGGUGCCAAGAACUGCUUCACUGGUGCCUUACAGCAGAACAAGAACAAAGUGUCCCUACGCAACCUGUCGAUGGUGCUGAGGCAGCUGCCAGCGGCUGACAGCGCCGCACAAGGCAAACAGGUGCUGGAGAGUGUGGACAUGGCCCGACAAGCCGUCCAGCUGGACGUCACGGACGGGACGUCCUGGUAUAUUCUGGGAAACGCUUACGUGUCCUUGUUUUUCACAUGUGGACAGAAUCCACAAUUCUCUCAACAAGCUCUAAGUGCCUAUGCACAAUCUGAAAAUGUGGACAGAGCCGCCUCUUGUUACCCGGAGCUGCAUUUCAACAGGGCUACUCUGUUCCAGUACGAGGAGAUGUUCGGGUCUGCGCUCGGCGGCUACAGCCGAGCAGCGGCGCUCGACCCGGGCUGGGACGAGCCGCCAGAGAGAGAGAGGCAGCUGCUGGAGUAUCUAGAGAAAGUCACACAACUCAUACAGAACAAGGGCAAGGUGAAAGCGCGACAGUUACGGAUGAUGCUCUCAAACCUCAACACGUCGGCUUUAGGUCCCUGCUCGUCUCCUCAGUUUCGGUCCCCGGCCGGACGCGUUGGCAGCCUGGAGCCUCAGACUUUUUCCUCCCUCACACAUGGCCACAAUGCCGGGGUGGCCGCCCUGGGAAAGGUGGUGUUCAGCCUGGCCUCCGAGGGUCGCAUGGCCUUUACUUUUGGUAUGAUCGACAGCGAGGAGACUUGUAUAGUGGUGAUGGUUUACAACACAGCCAACAGCUGGGGCGUCCUAAUAGGUGAUUCUGUAGUCAUUCCUGAACCCCAAGUCAAGCGACACAGUAUAACUCAUAAAGAUAAGUCAUUUGAUUUCCGAAGUAUACGAGUGCUCUCUCCUCUGCUCCUCAUCGUCAACGGCAAGAAACAAAGCAGCCAAAGUCAGAACGCUGUCUCGGUCAGCUACAAACCCCAGAGUGAAUGAACCAAGCACGGACCAACAGGACCAAGUGUUAUUUUUUUUUUGCUGGAUUCGGAAGAAGGUUUUACAUAAGUUUGUGCCUGCUUUAUGUCUCGUUUUGUAAAUAGAGGUCCUCCCUGUUACGUUUGUCUAUAUUUAUAAUUUUUUUUUUUUUGUACUCUGUUGAUGUUGGGUAAAAGAUGGGCUUAUUUUGUGAAUGAACAAAUCUAUGAUGUCAGAAAUGUGACUUUUGUUUACCUUCGGGGGAAAAAAUCUUUUAAAGUCAGCAUUGUUUGUUUAGUGUCUUAAAACAGUGGGGACACUUGGAUCUGAAUAAUGCAUUUGACCAUGUCACAUUAGGAAGAGCACAGGUGUUGCUGAUUACAUUGGCUCUGUGCUCUAUUCAAAUGUCCCACUACGAUAUGAUAAUGCGACAAUUCAACAACCCUGUUACCAUUUUCACUACAUUGUUUAUCCAUUCUAUCCGUCUUGUCCAGCCAUCUGCUUUGGUUGUUUACUAUGCAGAGACAAACCCAUUGACGCGACAUCCAAACGCUUCCAGCAAAUAACAAAUCAGCAGCUCAGGUUUAAGCCGGAUUUCUUCAGAUCGAUUGCUUUGUUCAAGUUGACAAAGAUGAUCAAUCAAAGGUAUGACAGAACUCCUAUCUUUAGUCGUACUGUAGCACAAGUGGACACCAGUGAAGGAAAUGUGUCUUUGCAGACCUGAUGUGGCAAUAAACCACGUUCCUGUGACAUAGUGUAGUAUCUGUUUCCACGUUAUAUGAUAUUUGUGAUGCAUCUGUUUCUCUUUUCCUCAGCUCGGGUGACAUUCAGCCUAGUCCCCUACUUUUCAAAUGUUAAUCACACAAUAAAAUGCUGACAGACUGUGAAAA